ACACGCAGCGGGCGGCCCCGCGCCGAGCGCAGACACCGGGCCGGCGGGACGCUGGGCACAUCCCUUAUCAGGCAAGGUAACGACAACACGAGAGAACGAAACCGAGAGCAAGCCAGAAAUCCGCAGGCGCUCGUGCGGCGCGGUGGCCUUUGUUGUUGAGAUUUACGUUUAUUUUUUCGUUCCAGCGUGCUUUCUGUCGCCCCGCCGGUGCCGCGCGCCCCGGCGCUGCCCCGGGCGCUGGGCUGCGGGCGGGGCCGGGGAGAGGGCGGCAGCGGUUUGCCUCAGAGGGGGGAAGAACGACGCUGUGUGUCAUCGGCAGUCCGGCGGGGAGGGACGGGAGGUGCCGGAGCCGGGCUGCCGGGUGCGGGGCGGUGUGCGAGAGGCAGGUGGGCAGCCGGGGGCCGCGGGGAGCGGGGGGCGGUGUGCCAGGAGGAGAACGGUGUGAAACACGCGGAAAAACCCAAACUUUCACUCGGCGGCAUCGAGGAAUGCGCUCUGCGUUGCUAGAGGAAAGCAUUGUUCUGGAGGGUGGUGACUUGAGGGGAAAGGGUCACUUGGAGCCUCGUUGACGAUGAUCCACCAAACUCUCUGAAGAACCAGCAUGGAGAUUGGCAUGCUGAACUGCUAAUGGGGACAUGGGACUCAAGUUGUCGUUGAUCAUUUGUGUGGACUUAACUAGCGAAGAGCUACAGAAGACGCUAGGAAGACAGUGGGAAUUAUAGCAGUUUUUCAGGUCACCAAAUCUUGUUAUUUUAAUUUCUGUCUGGAAGAAUGUCUGAGCAAGGUAAAUUGAGCCAGGAGACAGCGGAGGAAGCUGCGAAAGAGCAGGAGUCUGCCAUCUCAGAAGCGACUCCAGACAACUGUAUCCUUAAUAAAUCUGAAAGCUCAGAACUAGAGGAGAAGGAGGAAAAACUGAGUGAUGGCAAGACAGAGCUGCAGAAACGAGGUGCAAACCAGCAGAAAAAGAGAUCUAAGUCAGGAGCUAAGGGAAAGCUCGUCCGGAGUCUUGCUGUGUGCGAGGAGUCAUCCCCUCGCCCAGGAGCGGAAACCCUUCAUGACAAUCAGGAAUCAAUUCAACUACAGCUUUCAAGUUUUCCUAGUUUGCAAGAAGAAGAUAAAACUAAUAAAGAUGACUCCGAGAAAGAAAAGGAGAAAGAUAAAAAUAAAGAAAAAGAUAAAAGCAGUGACAAAAACAAGAUCAGAAUGUUAUCAAAAGAUUGCAGUCAAGAGUAUACAGACUCAACAGGGAUAGAUCUGCAUGAGUUUCUCAUUAACACGUUAAAGAAUAACCCCAGGGACAGGAUGAUACUCUUGAAAAUGGAACAGGAAAUUAUUGAUUUUAUUAGUGACAACAAUAAUCACUAUAAAAAGUUUCCUCAGAUGUCAUCAUAUCAGAGGAUGCUGGUACACAGAGUGGCAGCUUACUUUGGGAUGGAUCACAAUGUGGAUCAAACUGGGAAAUCUGUAAUUAUCAACAAGACCAGCAAUACCAGAAUACCAGAGCAAAGGUUUUCUGAACAUUUAAAAGAUGAAAAAGGUGAAGAAUCCCAGAAGCGAUUUAUCUUGAAGCGAGAUAACUCUAGUAUUGAUAAAGAAGACAAUCAGCAAAACAGAAUUCUUCCAUUUAGAGAUGACAGACGAAGUAAAUCAAUUGAAGAGAGAGAAGAGGAGUAUCAGAGAGUGAGGGAGAGAAUAUUUGCACAAGAUUCAGUUUGCUCCCAGGAAAACCUUUUUGUGGAAAACAGUAGGCUCUUGGAAGACAGUAGUAUAUGCAAUGAUACCCAUAAGAAAAGACAGCUGUUUAGGGGUAACAGAGAUAGCACAGGGAAGGCAUCUGGCAGUCGGCAGAGCAGCACGGAGAAUGAAUUGAAAUGGACAGACCACCAGAGGCCAUGGAGCAGCACAGACUCGGACAGUUCAAAUCGAAAUUUGAAGCCAGCCAUAACAAAGACAGCAAGUUUUGGUGGCAUAACCGUCCUGACAAGAGGAGAUAGCUCAUCAAGUAACAGAAGUACCGGCAAACUGUCUAAAACAGGUAGCUCAGAGUCUUCCAGCAGUGCUGGCUCCUCAGGAUCCCUGUCACGAAUACAUCAGCCUCUCCAAAGUGCACCUCUUGUCCCCGGGUUGACGGCCAGCAAUUCGGGUAGCGUGUCCUACCCUGAGAAUGGGAUGAGUGGCCAGGUGGCUCCCAGCAACACCAGCUAUAUCAUUCUUCCACUUGAAGCUGCAGGGAUACCUCCUGGCAGUAUUCUGCUCAACCCACACACAGGUCAACCCUUUGUAAAUCCUGAUGGGACACCGGCAAUAUACAAUCCUCCCAGCAGCCAGCCGACAAUGAGGAGCCAGAUGGUGGGACAGUCUCAGCAACAGCCUUCAUCCCAGCAGCCUCAGCAGGUUCAACAGCCUCAGCAGCAAAUGGCAAGUCACCUUGUCACACAGCCUGUUCAGGCAAUGCAGCCAUCUUCUCAGUCAGUCCAAUAUCCAGCAGUUUCUUAUCCUCCCCAGCACCUCCUGCCAGUCUCUCCAACGCAACAGUUUUCUGUGCGAGAUGACAUGACCACCCAGUUUAACCAGAUGAGCUUAAGUCGUCAGUCAUCUGGAGACAACCCUGAAUCGCCUUCUGGUCCUGUCUACCCGUCACCCAUUCUACAGCAGCCUGCCCAGCAGACGGGUUACAUCAUGGCUUCCCCAACUCAACAGCUUCCCCCAGGAGGCUUUACAGGUUCAGGUCCACCAGUGUCCCAGCAAGUGCUGCAGCCGCCACCGCCACCCCAGGGCUUUGUGCAACAGCCACCACCACCUGCUCAGAUGCCAGUGUAUUAUUACCCAUCUGGUCAGUACCCUACCUCAACAACUCAGCAGUACAGACCCAUUGCCUCAGUUCAGUACAAUGCACAGCGGAGUCAACAAAUCCCACAGACUGCACAGCAAGCAGGUUACCAGCCUGUCCUGCCGAACCAGCAGCAAGGGUUCCAGGGCCUCAUGGGAAUGCAGCAGCCUCCCCAAAGCCAGAGCCUGAUGAAUAAUCAACAGGGAAACCAGGUGCAAGGCAUGAUGGUGCAGUAUCCAGCCAUGUCGUCUUAUCAGGUGCCAAUGACCCAGGGUUCUCAAGGACUGCCACAACAAUCAUAUCAACAACCAAUCAUGCUACCUAAUCAAUCAGGUCAAGGAACACUUACAGCCACUGGAAUGCCUGUUUACUGUAAUGUCAUACCUCCUGCCCCACAGAACAACCUACGGUUGAUUGCCCCACACUGCCCCUCCAAUAACGUUCCAGUUAUUUCUGCCAGCUGCAGGACAAACUGUGCGAGCAUUAACAAUGCAGGGUGGCAGGUCAAGUACUGACGCUGUGGCCUAGCGUGGAUAUACAAGGAUAGCGGUGCAUUAUUUGACAAAUAUCUCAUGGCCUUCAAACGAAGAGGAACACAAGAGAAUAAUCAGUUGAGGACAUAAGUACUGACUAUGCUCAAGUGAUUUGCUGCUGGAAAAAUCUGUAAAAAAAAUAAUAAUAAUAAUAAAAUUUUGAAAAAAAAAAUGUUUGCUGGUUAAUGGUGCAUAUUUUUGUCAUGUCUGCUAGGUUUGCCUUUAUAGCUUAGCUAGUGACAUGAAUUCAUUGAGGUAAGAUUUUUUCCUACCACUGAACACCACUGUGUAGAUUGUAAUAUCCCCGAUUCGGAUUAGUUUUGUACUUUGUGUUGAGUUUGUGAAGCUAAAAGUAUUUAAAAAAAUAUAAUAAAAUCACAUUGUACCAAAGCUGUAAUGGAAAUGAAAAAAAAAACGAAAACAAGAAUUACUGAAUGGAAGGAAUAAUUUAUAUACACUAUAGAGUUUUUUUUAUGGAUAUAUACUGUAUUGUAGUGUUUAAUCACAAAUAAAGCUAUUUGACCUCAUGGAGAAAGGUCAUCUUUCUA